AGGGAGAUCCUGUGGGGAUUCAUCAGAAGGACGUCCAGCACCGUAACAGCGCCCAAGGCAGAGGCGCACCAACCAAUCAUCUCCUCCUCCAGUCCGCCCCAUGAUCCCCCCGACACCCUUGACGCCGUCUCACCAUCCCUCCCUGGGGAAGAAGGCCGCACUGAGGAUUUCCUGGGCAGUUCUGGUGCUCGUGCUACACUCGGGCAGGACGGGCGUGAGGGAAAGGAGGAGACAGGGGAGAAUGAUGAGCAGCAGGAGGGGAAGGAAGGCGGAGGAGAACACGAGAGUGAGAGGGAUGAGUUGGGGGUAGGGAAGGGGCCUUAUCCGGGGGGGGAUUUGGGGGAGGAUAAGGGGGAGGAUGAAGGAAGGGAUAAGGGCAAGGAGGAGGGGGAGAGUGAGGUGAAGGGUGAUGAGGAGAAGGAGGGAGAGGGCGCAGGAGGGAAAGCCAAGGGAAGUGGAGGGGGGAGUGGAGGAGGGGCAAAAGGAGGGAAAGGAACAGGGUUGCUGGGAAGAGGGAGUGUGAUUCUGAAUGUGGGCGCAGUUCCCAGGAAGCUUUUCUCCUUCAUGCCACGAUCUUCCUAUGCUAAGCUUAAGUUGGGAGCACAUGCAGGCCUAACACCUCUCAACACCGCCUUAGUAUCAUCCACUGAUGACCCCACGCCCAUCGCCACACCUAUAGCCACACCCAAACCCACACCCAUCCCCAAAACCGUACACCCUCGCAUCCCCACACCCAUCCGCACCACCGAAUCCGCUGCCACUGCUGCUGCAAGCACUGCAGACAGCACCGCAGCAGGGCGUUUGAACCUUGACCUCCCCACUCCCCGCUUCCCUUUGUUCUCUCCUGCGGAGCUCCAGUCCCCUGCUGGAGACCUAGCCUCCUUUGCCCCCUUCCGCACCACCACAGCCACCGGUGGUGGGGUUGCAGGUGGAGGGGAUUUCGGACCUGCUAGGAAAAUAGCUCCACCAGGGGAAAAUGCUGCUGCUGCUGGAAAAAUCUCUACUCGCCCUUGCUCUCCUGCUGGUGACUUGGCCGCGUUUGCUGCCUUUGGUGGAACCACCAGCACACUUCCCAGCACUUCAGAGCGAAGCGCUUCAACUAACCCUUUCUUGAGUGCUAUGGUGGUACCACCAGCGGGGAUUGGGGAAGGAGGAGGCGGUGGUGUGGAGUCCGGCGCAGCAACAGCAGCAGCUGGAGCAGGAGCAGCUGGAGCAGGAGCAGCAGGAGCAGGAACAGAGGGCGAGGACUGGGAUGCCAUGCUGCUUGCUUCCUUCGGUCGUUGUCACACCAUCGACGGGUCAUUCAGAGAAGCAAUGCGUGCUGCUAAUGUGGAAGAGGAAACUGCAUGGGACGAUCAGGCAGAGGAGAAGCAGGCUCAAGGCAGCCUAGCACAAGACUUCCCAGCACAGAACUUGCUAGCAGAAAACAACCAGGGACAGAACCACCAGGCGCAGAACAAGCAGGUGCUUGGGGCGUUCAGGCAGUAUGAGCUGGUUCAGGAGUCAGGGGAGGUUGCAGGUGGCAUGGGUUCAGCUUCAGGUGGUUUUUCAGGUGGGAAUGUGACCUGGGCGCAUGAAAACAACCUUGCAGCAGCAGAGGCAGCGGCAGCAGCAGCAGAGGCAGCAGCAGUAGCAGCAGCGGAGGCGGCAACGGCAGCGGCAGCAGCUGCUACCAAAGCAGCAGCCACGGCAGCAUCUAAAGCAGCUGCACUUGCAGCAGCCAAAGCAGCAGCAGCAGCAGCAGCAGCAGCAGCAGCUGCAGCACCACCAGCACCAGCACCAGCACCAGCACCAGUAGAGAGAGCAGCACCUGUGGCAUCAGGGAACAGUGACUGGGCUCGUUUUGAUGCAUUUGAGCCUACCACACUACCUGCCACUGCUCCUGUGGCUGCCUACGCUCCUCCUGCCAUUCCCAAGCCGAUAGCCGGACCAAGUUUUCCUGCUCCUCAUAUUUCUCCCAAUCCCUUCUUAAAUCCAGGUUUGAAAGAACAGCCCGCGCCCCCAGCUACUGGUAUGAGCCCCUUUGCACCUUCAGGAAAUUCCUUCCCUUCACAGCAGCAACAGUCACAAGCACAGCAACAGACCAAUCCGUUCCUAUCUCCAGGCACAAGCAGCAUCGGCUCGGGUAAUAAAGUGGGAGAAUCUGAACCCCUGUUUGCCAGUACAGGGUCUGCUUAUAAAGAAUCGUCUGCCGAGGCGCACCAGGAGGGACAAUGGCUGGGGAAGCAGGAGGGGCUGUGGCAGAGCAUGGAGCAAGAAGCCGGCUCCAAGGGGUCUGGGCAGAAACAAAAUGCUGCUUCAAUGGCGCAGAAACAACCUGCUUCCAUGGCUCAGAAGAUUCUUUCCAGUAACCCAUUCCUUGUGAUUCCUGGCAUGGGCAAUAGUGGUAAUGGCGCUGGUUAUAAUGAGGAUAGCAGGGGUUUGCUUGGUGGUGAGGAUACUCCCAAGGGACUGCAGGAAGUAUCGCCUGGGAAUUUGCAUACAAAUCCAAGCAAUCAGCAGCAGCAGCAGUGGCAACAGCAGUACUCACACCAACAGCUGCAGCAGCAGCAUCACUCACAGCAGCAGCAGCAGUCGCUUUACACUGCUACUGUGACCCAUACGACUGCGAAGCAGCAUGAACAAGCUUGGCGGCCAACGGAUGUGAAUGUGGGGCUUAAUGUGGCGGAAGGAGAUGUGACUAAAUCAGGAGGUCCUAGUGAAGGGAAAGGCAGAGAUGCUACAGCUGGACCGAUAUACACCGAGCCUGAGUCACCAGGGUGGCCUAGUACUGCGUCUCAAUAUGAUCCACUGGAGUCUCCUGCUGCGCUUCUUCGGGGCAGCGUUGACACCGGCGGCGUUGCAAUCAUGCAAGAGCCGCAAUCCAGCAGCUCUGGUCGGGGUAUGCCCCCUCGCCCCUCGCCCCUCUACCUUCGCGCCCUCGCCCCUCGCCCCUCGCCCCUCGCCCUUCGCCCCCUUCCCUUCGCGCACUCGCCCCUCGCCCCUAGCCCCUCGCCCCCUUCCCUUCGCGCCCUCACCCCUCGCCCAUCGCCCCCUUCCCUUCGCCCCCCUCCUCUCGCCCCCCUCCUCUCGCCCCUCUCAUUGGGGCUAACUGGGUUACUUGUUUUGAGAAUCAAAAGAGAUCAAAUCUUCCCCACCCACUCACCCUCUUCUCGCUCUCCCCCACUCCCCCCCUUCCAAACCCACCGCAUCACACCUAUACUUACCCUUUUCCACAUUCUCAUGAAGCUGGGUGCCUUGUUUUUAGACUUGAACCAAGUCCUCUACCUACCGGGAACAGGCCCUUUCUUCGACAUUGCCAUGAAGCUGGGAGCCUUUGCUGCAAAGCUAUACAGGCGAGUGAAGCCGUCCAAGUACAGGAAGCGCAAGGACUAUGCGAGUAUCGAGUUGGCUACUAUGGAGUCUCGAAGCAUGGCCGCCACCUUCCUUGCUGCGUUCGGCCAGCCUGUCAGCAACGACAGCCGCACGCACGUCACAUUGGUCCCUGCACACGCGCAGGACAAGCAAGCAGCGUUCUCCACCUUCCGCGCCUCCCACUCAGUGAUGAGCCAACCCAUUGGGAAAGCAGCCAGGGCGCUGGUAUCAGCAGUACGGCUGCUGGAUACGGUGGUGAACGUGGAGGACUUGGCGAAAUACGACCCCUCGGGAGUGCUGAACAUGGUUGUCUCCUUCGGUCACCCCAUGUGCCGCAACGACGCCUGUGUCAAGUGUGUGACCACCCGGGCCACCCCCUGCAUCAUUGCCCCCACGUGCAUCGCCGGAAAGUGCGUGAAUCUUGGGCAGAAAAAAGACGGGUCCGCCUGCGCGGAUUUCGACUGGGGCGGCAACUCCUACACGGGGCACUGCCAGGCUGGCACGUGCGUCAGCAAGGCCGUCCAAUCGUAUUACGCCAGCAAGCAGGCGGACAAGCUGUGGAUCCCCGAGGGUUACGAGCCGGAGAAUGUGACUAUAGCGGUGGAUCGGGGCGUGUAUGCGACGAGUGAGCGGGAGUAUAUUGAAACGAGCUUGGGGUAUUGGGAUGAGUUGGCGCGGGAAUCGGAGACUUGCUCGUUGAACAACGGCGGAUGCGGGUCGCUGGUGUGUCAAGUGGAUGUUGAGCGAAAGACGACAACCUGUGUCGACCCUCACG